GUACAACCCCACUUCCGUUUGAAUGUUUGACCUCAAAACAUGAAGAACGUGAUAUGCAAAGUAUAAAAUACCGACAUCCUCGUCUAAUAUUUCCCCCUGACUGCAGUCGAAGACUGGUAAUACGUGGAUUAUACAAGGAUUUAAAAUGGCAGCCAUAAAAAGAGGGACAGUUUUGGGAAUUCGCCGAUGCUUUUCGUCAGAAAGUUCCUGUAUCAGUAAAAUUGCAAAUCAUGCACAAUUUCUUUCCCAACGAAAUUGUUUACCUUUCAGCAUCAACUAUAAACCAGCAAAGUCGUCUCCACAAGUGUGCUGUCUUGGUAGAAUCCAUACAUCUAGUGAGAUGGCUUCAAACGUGGGUGAUCCUGAAUCUGAUGCAAGACAUCUGACCAGUUUUAACAGAAAAGUGCUUGUCUGGUCGGGAACAUAUAAAUCUGAUAAGGAUAUACCAACCAAUGUCAGUCACAAAACCAUGAAACGAGCACAAGACAAGAUGAGAGUCAAAGUGAAUUUCGGAAUGAUGAUUGCAACUGUAUUGGCUGCAGCAGGAUUUAUUAUAUGGGGGCGUAAAUCGGCUAAGGCUGGGGACUCAGUUGUUAAACGAUCCCUGCGAUGGCAUGAGGAAGCAAGACAGGAACAUAUUUUAAAAUCUAAACUGAAAGAAGAACAAGAUGAGAGUGUUAAAUAAGAUCAAGGUUGUGAAGGACUAAAUUAAAAUUCAUACUUCAUUUAUUGGUAUUCCUGCAAUGUUAUUUAGACUAACACAUCUUUAUCAAGUGUCCCCAAUAAAGUGAGACACUUUUUAUGUCCCCAUCAUAUAGUGUGGGGCCAUAUUGUCUGCCUAGGUGCAUUUGUUGGUCCGUUUGUCUGUACAUCUGACAGUUUCUCCAAAACUGCUAGAUAACACUUUCUAAUUUUUAGGGAUAACUUUUGAGUACAUACAGAUCUGGAAGAAUUUUUCUUGUCUCAAUACCUACUUCAUGUUGGCCAUUUUGAAAUCCAACCCUCAAAUACACAGGCUGGUAUCGAAAGAUCUCUCCGCUGUGACAGAGCAUGCUAUUUUUCAUAAAAAC